GUCGGAGUUAAAAGGAUCCACAAAGGACCCAACUGCCCUAGAGCUCCGCUCAGUGCUGAAUGCUUCUGAUCUGCACCAUGUGUCUCGCCUCUGUGACAUGCUGACACGGGGACAGACUGCCAUCUACUGUCCACUUCUGUCGUCGGAGUCCCUCCUGCUCAGGCAACUCCUUGGUAUUUUUUUUUUCUUCUACAUCCUGCUUUUAAUGGAUCCAGACACCAGGAGAAAGAGACAUCAGGAGGACCACCCUGUAUCCACUAAGUCUUCUUAACCUCCGUGGAAUACCCAGAGGUAAAGAUCUUACAGGUGAACAAGGUGAUGUCCAUCUUGUUUUAUGUGAUAUUUCUCACUUAUCUCCGUGGCAUCCAAGGUAACAACAUGGAUCAAAGGAGUUUGCCAAAAGACUCACUAAAUUCCCUGAUUAUUAAGCUGAUCCAGGCAGAUAUUUUGAAAAACAAGCUCUCCAAGCAGAUGGUGGAUGUUAAGGAAAAUUACCAGAGCACCCUGCCGAAAGCAGAGGCCCCCCGAGAGCCGGAGCGGGGAGAGCAUGCCAAGUCAGAAUUCCAGCCAGUGAUUGCAAUGGACACCGAGCUGCUGCGACAACAGAGACGCUACAACUCGCCCCGGGUGCUGCUGAGUGACAGCACUCCCUUGGAGCCCCCUCCCUUGUACCUCAUGGAGGAUUACGUGGGCAACCCAGUGGUGGCGAACAGAACGUCACGGCGGAAACGGUACGCAGAGCAUAAGAGUCACCGAGGGGAGUACUCGGUGUGUGACAGUGAGAGUCUGUGGGUGACAGAUAAGUCAUCAGCCAUCGACAUUCGGGGACACCAGGUCACGGUGCUGGGGGAGAUCAAAACCGGCAACUCCCCCGUCAAACAAUACUUUUACGAAACGAGAUGUAAAGAAGCCAGGCCAGUCAAAAAUGGUUGCAGGGGGAUCGAUGAUAAACACUGGAACUCUCAGUGCAAAACGUCCCAAACCUACGUCCGAGCACUGACGUCAGAAAACGACAAACUGGUGGGGUGGCGGUGGAUACGGAUAGACACCUCCUGCGUGUGUGCCUUGUCGAGAAAAAUCGGAAGAACAUGAGUUGGCCUCUCUCCCCGUAUAUAAAUUAUUACUUUAAAUUAUAUGAUAUGCAUGUAGCAUAUAAAUGUUUAUAUUGUUUUUAUAUAUUAUAAGUUGACCUUUAUUUAUUAAACUUCAGCAACCCUACAGUAUAUAAGCUUUUUUCUCAAUAAAAUCCGUGUGCUUGCCUCCCCCUGGGCCUCUCCCAUCUGUUAAACCUUGUUUUGUGAUCCGGUUCUCAGGAGCCGCUCUGUAAAAUCUGUGUACACCAGUAUUUUGCAUUCAGUAUUGUCAAGGCCAUGGCUGUCGUUUUAGUAAACUUGUUAAAAUCA